CAUGGCGGGCAGGACUGCGGGUGUGGGGCGCUGGGAGGUGGUGAAGAAGGGGCGGCGGCCCGGGGCCGGCGGCCGAGGUAAAGGCGGCGGAGGCGACCGCCGGGCGCUCGGGGAGGCGAACGGAGUGUGGAAAUACGACCUGACCCCUCCAAUCCAGACUACAAGCACCCUCUAUGAGCGGGGCUUUGAGAAAAUCAUGAAACGGCAGAAUAAGGAGCAGGUUCCACCCCCUGCUGUGGAGUCUAAGAAACCAAUGAACAAGAAGCCAGCUAAGAAAGCAACGACCCUCACCAACCAAAAGCAGAAACAGGGCCGCUUCCGCAGCCUGGAAGAGGCAAUGAAAGCUCUGGACGUGGCAGCUCUGCAGAAGGAACUGGACAAGAGCCAAAGUGUGUUCCCUGGGAACCCGUCGGUGUGGUUGAAGGACCUGGCCAGUUAUCUCAACUACAAGCUUCAAGCACCUCUAAGUGAACCCACACUAAGCCAGCAUCCUCAUGACUAUCCCUACAGCCUGGUGAGCCGGGAACUGCGUGGGAUCAUCCGCGGGCUCCUGGCGAAGGCAGCUGGGUCUCUGGAGCUCUUUUUUGACCACUGUCUCUUCACCAUGCUGCAAGAGCUGGAUAAGACACCAGGGGAGUCACUUCAUGGUUACCGCAUCUGUAUCCAGGCAAUUCUGCAAGACAAGCCCAAGAUUGCCACCAUGAACCUAGGCAAGUUCCUAGAACUGCUGAGGUCCCACCAGAGCCGACCGCCAAAGUGUCUGACCAUCAUGUGGGCCCUGGGUCAAGCAGGUUUUACCAACCUCACCGAGGGACUGAAAGUGUGGCUGGGGAUCAUGCUGCCUGUGUUGGGCAUUAAGUCUCUGUCUCCCUAUGCCAUUGCGUAUCUGGAUCGACUGCUCCUGAUGCACCCCAACCUCACCAAAGGCUUUGGCAUGAUUGGCCCCAAGGACUUAUUCCCACUUCUGGACUUCGCCUAUAUGCCCAACAACUCCCUGACACCCAGCCUGCAGGAGCAGCUGUGUCAGCUCUACCCGAGACUGAAGGUGCUGGCAUUGGGCGCGAAGCCGGAAUCCACCCUGCAUACCUACUUCCCCUCCUUCCUGUCCAGAGCCACCCCUAACUGCCCCCCUGAGAUGAAGAAAGAGCUCCUGAGCAGCCUGACUGAGUGCCUAACGGUGGACCCCCUCAGCGCUAGCGUCUGGCGGCAGCUAUACCCCAAGCACCUGUCACAGUCCAGCCUGCUGCUGGAGCACUUGCUCAAGUCCUGGGAGCAGAUUCCCAAGAAGACACAGAAAUCUUUGCAAGAAACCAUUCAGUCCUUCAAGCUUACCAACCAGGAACUGCUGAGGAAGGGUAACUAUAAGAACCAGGAUGUCGUCACCUGUGAUAUGGCCUGCAAGGGUCUACUAGAGCAGGCCCGGGGCUUCCAGCUGCCCUGGACAAGGCUACUUCUGUUGGUGCUGGUCUUUGCCAUAGGUUUCCUGUGCCAUGACGUCCGGUCACACAGCUCUUUCCAGGCCUCCCUCUCUGGCCGGUUGCUUCAAUCAUCUGGUUUCUUGCCUGCCAGCCAACAAGUAUGUGCCAAGCUCUACUCCUACAGCCUGCAAGGCUACAGCUGGCUAGAGGAAACAUUGCCGGCCUGGGGCUCACAACUGCUGACGGUGAUGAGGCCCAGCUUGCAGAUGGUCUGGGACUGCACUAAUGCCAUGUUCAGCUUCCUUUCUGCCCACUUUGCCUCCCUCCUAGCCUGGUUGGGGAACAUCAUCACCAGCCUCUCCCAGAGGCUACAGACCCAGCUCCCCGAUGGCCUGAACCAGCUCCUCCAUUCUCUGCGGGAGCUGCUCCUGCUUCUCUAUCAGAACGUGCUGCUGCCGUUGUGGCACGUGCUGCUGGAGGCCCUGGCCCUGGCCCAGGAGCACUGCCACGAUGUGUGCGGAGGUGAGGUAACCUGGGACUGCGUGAAGACACAGUUCGGCGAGGCUGCCCGCUGGACUUGGCUCCGCCUACAGGACGCCACAGUGGCUUUCUUGGACUGGGCAAUUUCCUUGAUUUCCCAGCAGUAGGCCCUGCCUCCCACAACUGGAUUUUGUCCGGGGCAGGUCCUCUGAGACUGCUGGGUCGGUAGAGGGUGCCAUUCUGCAUGGGGUCUUUUUUAUUUGGUGCCUAAGUUUCGUCUCCUAGGCAAGUGGCCAGUUGCCUCUGCCCCAGUUCUUCCAUCUUUGGUGAAGACCAAGCCCAGAGGUACCCCACCUCCUACCCAUGAUUCCACUGGACACUGCUCUGGCCCUGUUGCACAUCGCCCUCAGCUCUGUCCUUGGGGUGGUAGUCUCUCUCACCUCCCCUUGUCUCCAGCUCUCCACUUCCUUCCAUCUCAUUCCUAAAACCCCUACAGCUCAUUUCCAAAAAGGUGACUCCAGCAAGCAACUGCUACGUUCUUCUGAUGAGCCACAGCAGAAUAAAGGAAGGAACUUCCAGAAGAAUAUUAUACCACAGUCGGCAGUAGCAGCUUCACACCUACCCACAGCCUGGGUGUGGCUGUCAGCGGACUCGGAGGCCUGGGUAGAAAGGCCUCACCUCCAAAUGUCCAACUUAGUUCCUUCAAGGACCUAAUUCCUCACUGUCUAUUCCCCUUCAGUGCUGGGGGGUGGGGGAACAGCUCUGCCUCAAGGGUUAGCUUCUCUCUGCUGACCACUCCUACUCUCUUUCUGGAGAACAGAGCCCAGGUGGUUGUGUGCUUCUGAUCCAGGGAACCUUCCAGUAACAUGUUGAGACGGUGUUCAGCAUAUGGUUCCUGGGCAUGCCUACUAGACGGAAUAAAGGACAUACUGAUUUCUAGAUCUCUGCAUCCUCAGCUAGGAAUUCCCAAUGUGGAACAGCACAACAAAAUAUCAGGCACCUGCAUAUUCUCCUCUGACCUCCUGUGCUCCUGGGAUUUGCUGCCACUGAUGUAACAAUUGAGCUUUUAGCAGAGAAUGCCCACACCCACCAUGCUCCAGUUUGGUCUACUGAGAGUUACAGAUGCACUCCUCCUGUCCCCCUAAUCAUACUGUCUCAUCUCUGUGAUUCAAGUCCCAGGAAGUGCUUUGAUAGCCUGAGUAUUUUCCAAUGUUUGGAAAAGUGGCUCCUAGCAGACUUCCUGGCCAGUGAGCAGGAGUGACUUCUAGGUCCUUCCCAGACCUUAUUAAUAGCUUCAUUUUUAUAAGCGGAAGUUUUAGACCUCCAAGAGACCUAAGCAUUUAAGAGUUUAUCACAAACUUCCCCUGGUUUCCCACGCCCCCCCCCCCCUUUUUGUUUUAGUUAGGCUGUUUAAUCCAAUGACUGCACAAAUAUUUCAGUUCUUGAGAGUCUGUCCUUGAAAUACAUACGCAGUCCCGGAGGUACACUGUCACUCCAGCUCCCAUAGGCUGGUUUCUGUGUCCAUCAUAAAUGCCUGAGAUGAUGCCUGAGUUUCCAGUGGUGAGGUUCUAAGGUAAUAAGCAUGGAAAAAUCUCGACACAGUGAGCAUCUCACUCUUGUUCCCUUUCCUUACUAGGACACAACUCCCUAAUCUCUGAGAUUUAAGCAGCCCACAGUGGGCAGAGUUCACUCUCCUGGUGGCGCUCACGACGAGUUUUACCAGAAAAAAAGAAACCCUGAUAGGCAAAGGGCCAGGUCUAGGGCUAGGCAGGAUCCUAAUGUCUUGUUUCUGGGUUCUUCCUUAACCAGCCAAGCGGGACCCUUAAGGAUAGUUGCCGCAUGUUCAAGCCAAGUUGAAGAGGGGCCUGAGUUGGUGACACACAGGACAUCAUUAUGCGAUGACAUGGAGUCUGGCCACUCAGCAGCUCCGAGAACACCAUUUCCAGAGCUGCCCUGGUCGCUAGUGUGGGCACUGCAUUCGCCUUUUUGGGUUCAUACACUACCCAACUCUACAAUCCAGGAAUGCAACACUUCUCUUUAUCGCUUAAUUGGGUCUCUAGAUCCUCUCUGGAGUGUCAGGGAUACCAACAGCCUAAUAGGCUUUAUUUUGUAGACAUGUUUUAACCCAGUGUCGCAAUUGUCCAGAAUUUUUCCUCUGCCAGAGAAGUACAGCAGCGCACCUGCUGUCCCUUACAGUAAACCAGACAUCCAGAUGGCUCAUGUUUGCAGAACAGUAUUAUUAACACAGGCAUCCAAGCUGAGCCAGUGCGUGGAGCUGUGUGGGCUGGCAGAGAGGCCUGCUCCAGGGAGUACAGGAGUACACCUCGCCUCAGGGUCUUGUCUGGACAGUGCAGCUUCACACACCGCUGGAGGUGAACAGAUAGUAUGCCAUAAAACCAAAGGGCAGUUUGAACAUGGUUAUCUUAAUAUAGUUAUUGUCAACCACAUCGUGGCUCAUUUGAAAUCCUUUCCAUUUUUCUAAUUUUUUAAAACACCCUACAUAUUCCUCCAGUUAUUUGUACCUAGUCUACAACUUCAGCUUUAGAAAAGGACAGUUGGUGGGUAGCUGACUUGCUGCAGAUAAUGUUGCUGGGCUCACACUUGGCAGCAUUUUGGAUCUGUGUCCAAAGCCACCACACUUAAGGGGGAGUGUGUCCCAUGAAGAGAGGCAGGCCUAGCUGGCCUUAGUCCAGAAUGACCCAGUUUUCAGUUACACGGACAUUUCAAUGGUGAGUGGCCUCUGAAUAUUUUAAUACGUCUUAUCUCCGAAUGGGGUUUGGACACCAUUAGGAGUGAGCACUUAAAGUGACCCAUCCUUUUUCUACAUAUUCUUGAGUUUUGCUCACUAAAGGGCUUUGCUUGUGUCCUGAUGUAUUUCAUUUUUACAGGGCUGUUUCACUGCCCCAUUUGAGGUAUAAGAAGAAAUGGGGGGAGGAAAGAGUUACCACUAUUCAGGAUAUGAGUGAAAACCUAAAUACUGGACAGUCUUCCUGUUAAUAAAAAUAUGAUUCAAUGUGUUGUUGCAUGUGCCUUGGUAUAAUUUUU